AGAGCCACAGUCCGGGACUCUGUUAGAUGGUGUGGUCAUGGCGGAGCGACGGGUGGAGUGUUCCUGGAAGAGACACGUCUCAGAGCAGCUGAAGCUGCGAGACAGAGUUCAGAGACAAGCCUUUGAGGAGAUCAUCCACCAGUAUAACCGUCUCCUGGAGAAGUCAGACCUGCAGGCUGUCCUCUCGGAGAGAUAUCAGACUGAUAAAUAUGACGCCCAGAGAGGACACGAGUCCAGUCCGGCUGCAGACUCGAGCCGCGGUGACGUCCUGCAGCAGGAAAUGUCUCAGAUGAGAAUCAAACAUCAGGAGGAGCUGACAGAGCUGCACAAGAAACGAGGAGAGCUGGCUCAGAGUGUGAUUGAACUCAACAACCAGAUUCAACAGAAAGACAAAGAGAUCCAGAUCAACGAGGCCAAGAUGUUGGAGUACCAGCAGCAGAUAGCGGGCCUGGAGGGAGACUGUCGGGAUCUGCGGAGCUUCCUGCAGGACCUGGAGAGGGCAAACCAGACGCUGAAGGACGAGUAUGAUGCGCUGCAGAUCACCUUCUCUGCUCUGGAGGAGAAGCUCAGGAAAACCAGCGAAGACAACCAGGAGUUGGUGAGCCGCUGGAUGGCCGAGAAGGCUCAGGAGGCUAACAAGCUGAACGCAGAGAACGAGAAGGACAGCAGACGCAGACAGGCCAAGCUGCAGAAGGAGCUGGCUGACGCAGCCAAAGAGCCGCUGCCCAUCGACCCGGACGACGACAUCGAGGUCCUGGCAGAGGACGGAGGGAAGGGAGGCGGAGAGACGUCACCGAGCAGGACGCUCAGCAGGACGCCCAGUAAGAAACUCUCCCAGCCGCCUCCUCCUGGUCUGCUGGACUCCAUCUCCAACAUAUUUGGCGUGUCUGAGUGUGUUCAGCCUGGACUCGUCCCACCACAUUGCAGGCGUCGGACUGCCAACUCCUUCAGCUCGUCACCAGAAAACACUGAAGCCCCUUCAGGAGUGUGUGCGGAGGUUCGAGUCCCCUCUACGGCUCUGCACGUGUUUGACGCCCAUGAAGGCGAGGUGAACGCGGUGAAGUUCAGCCCCGGCUCCCGUCUCCUAGCAACAGGAGGGAUGGACCGCAGGGUGAAGCUGUGGGAGGUCGUCUCUGGUCGCUGUGAGCCUAAAGGCGCUCUGACUGGCAGUAACGCUGGGAUCACCAGCAUCGAGUUCGACAGCGCUGGCUCGUUCCUGCUGGCGGCCUCGAAUGACUUUGCCAGUCGGAUCUGGACUGUAGACGACUACAGACUGAGACACACCUUGACGGGUCACAGUGGGAAGGUGCUUUCAGCUCGGUUCCUAUUGGACAACGCUCGGAUCGUCUCCGGGAGUUACGACCGAACCCUCAAACUGUGGGACCUCCGCAGCAAAGUCUGUAUGAAGACAGUGUUUGCCGGUUCCAGCUGUAACGACAUCGUGUGCACGGAGCAGUGCGUCAUGAGCGGACACUUUGAUAAGAAAGUUCGAUUCUGGGACAUCAGAGCGGAGAGUAUCGUGCAGGAGCUGGAGCUGCUGGGCAGGGUCACGUCUCUGGAUCUGAACCACGACCGCACCGAGCUGCUCACCUGCUCCAGAGACGACCUGGUGAAGAUCAUCGACCUGCGCACCAACAGCGUCAGACAGACGUUCAGUGCUCAGGGCUUCAAGUGUGGAGCAGACUGGACCCGAGUGACCUUCAGGUGA